AAUAAAAUUUUAGUAACAGUUCAUCAAUGUCUAUAAAUCAUUGCAAAAAAAAUGUUAGAAUAAUAAAAUGUACAGCUUUAUUAUUUUAAUUUUAUAGAUUAUUAUUUUCACACUAAUGAACUACUAAGGGACUUAAUAAAUUAAAGUGGCAUAAGUAAUUGACGAAUAAACGAGAUGAUUGGAAAUGUAAACUGCACUGCAGGUUAAGUUCAUGUAAAAAUUUUUCCUUCUUUUGAUUUCAAUACUAUUCCUAUAAAAAAGUAAAAAACCUGCAAAAUGAAUAUUUUACCAGGAACUGCAUCUCUCCUAGAAGAAUUAGACAAAAAACUGAUGGUUUUACUACGAGAUGGCAGAACUUUAAUUGGAUAUCUUAGAAGCGUCGAUCAGUUUGCCAAUAUAGUACUUCAUCGCACAAUUGAAAGAAUUCAUGUUGGUAAGGAGUAUGGGGACAUUCCAAGAGGAAUUUUUAUCGUAAGAGGAGAAAAUGUAGUACUACUGGGAGAAAUAGAUAGGGAAAAAGAAAAGGAUUUACCUUUAACCGAAGUAUCUGUAGAUGAUAUUUUAGAUGCACAAAGACGCGAACAAGAACUGAAACAAGAUCAAAAGCGGCUAGUAAACAAAGCUUUAAAAGAGCGAGGUUUAUCAUACAUCCCAGAUAUGGGUCAUGAUGACAUGUUCUGACCCACAUCUGCGUCUUUGAUCACAACUACUUCAUCUACUUGUUCGCAUAGUUCCGAAAGCUAUGAGAUGUGUUAUACGUCGCUUUCUGUUUAAAAGUAGGUGAUUAUUGCAACUUAUGAAAUGACAUCGUUUAGUUUCGUUAUAAAACUAUUAUAGUAAAAUAUAUAAUGGUGCAUAUAGCAUUAAAACAACUGCUGUUAAUGUCAGUAAUGAGAAUUUAUACAGUUUUAGUUUUAUUAUAACCUUGUACCUAGUGUGAAAAAAAAAUACUUGCAGUGUAAUUGUAUUAUACUUUUAACGAUCUUGUAACUUUUCUGAUAUAUACAAAUAUUAUAUUUAAAUAGAAAUCUAUUGUAGUUGAUACACGAUCUUUCUGUCAUUUGUAUUAAGCAGUAAAUAUGUUAAUAAUACUUAUAAAUUUAUAACAUUUAAAUAUUUUUGUACAGUUAUGCCUUGAUAACUUUUCUGCUUCAGUUAGUAUAUAAUUGUAUGUUAGAAAAGCUAUAGGUAUUCAUAGAUAGUUGUGCGUGAUCUUUGUCGAACGAAGGUUCUGGGAUAAAAGUGCUAAGCGGUCAGUCACAGUCCUCUUACCAAAAGGCAUCGCCUUCCGCACUCAGUGGCCAGAUCCUUCGGGAAUGAAGUCCCAAUUUUUUGGCAAAGCAGCGUCGGGCCACUUGCCUUAUUCAAACAUACAUUGUCUCAAUCAGCAACCUGAGACGCCCGAUAGUCGAAAGACCCAACGUGGUCCCCAACCGUCGUACGUCGCCAAGUCUGAUUAUAUGUAUGCAUACGCUAGCACUUGAGACCACGUGCAUUAAAUAAAUUAUGAAAUUUAUUUUGAAAUACAAUAAGUUUUUUAAUGAA